AUGGUGGCACCAGCUGCUCAAGAAAUUGAGCCUGCUGCAAAAGAUGUUGAGGUCAAGAGCAUAUCUCCUUACGGAGUUGCUCGCUCAACAGUUUCCGGGAAGCCCCUCGACGCUGAGGAAAUCCGCAAAUAUGAAGCUUGGUUCAAGGCCAGCAUGUACCUAUGCCUUGGCAUGCUCUACCUCCGCGAAAACCCCCUCCUCAAGGAGCCUCUCAAGGUCGAACAUCUCAAAGCUCGUUUACUGGGCCACUGGGGAUCUGACGCUGGUCAAGCUUUCACAUGGAUGCACUUCAAUCGUCUUAUCAAGAAAUACGACUUGAAUGCACUCUUCGUGUCCGGCCCAGGUCAUGGAGCUCCAGCUGUUCUCUCACAAUCAUACCUCGAGGGUGUCUACUCGGAAGUCUACCCAGACAUGGCAGAGAAUGAGGAGGGCAUGAGGAGAUUCUUCAAGCAAUUCUCAUUCCCAGGUGGAGUCGGAUCUCACGCCACGCCCGAGACCCCAGGUUCCAUUCACGAGGGUGGUGAACUCGGAUACUCAAUUUCCCACGCUUUCGGUACGGUCUUCGAUAACCCGAGCUUGAUCACAUUGACGAUGGUUGGAGAUGGCGAGGCUGAGACCGGCCCUCUUGCUACCAGCUGGCACAGCACAAAAUUCCUCAACCCAAUGACUGAUGGUGCAGUCCUUCCAGUACUCCACCUUAACGGCUACAAGAUCAACAAUCCUACUAUCCUCGCACGUAUCAGUCACGCAGAAUUAACGGCACUGUUCGUUGGUUAUGGUUGGACACCAUAUUUCGUUGAGGGUAGCGACAUGGAGAGCAUGCACCAAGCAAUGGCAGCAACACUUGAGCACUGUGUGUUGGAGAUCAAGAAGUGCCAGAAGCAAGCUCGAGACUCCAAGAAAGCAUUCCGCCCCCGCUGGCCCAUGAUCGUCCUUCGAAGUCCUAAAGGUUGGACUGGUCCAAGAAAGAUUGACAGCAAGCUCCUCGAAGGUUUCUGGCGGGCACAUCAGAUCCCAAUCCCCGAUGUCGCCUCAAAUCCCGCACACUUGAAAAUCUUGGAGGACUGGAUGAAGGGCUACAAUGCAGAUGAGGCUUUUGGCAAGGAUGGCAAGUUGAUUCCAGAGUUGAAGGCUCUUGCUCCCACUGGAAAUGCUCGCAUGUCUGCCAACCCAGUCGGCAAUGGUGGACUUCUCCGCAAGCCUCUGGACAUGCCAGACUUCCGCAAAUACGCCCUUCCCAACAUAGAACCUGGUAUUUCGAAUCUCGGCAGCAUGGUCAACAUGGCAAAGUUCCUCCGAGACAUUGUCGCAAAGAAUAUGACCAACUUCCGUGUCUUCGGCCCAGAUGAGACUGAGUCCAACAAGCUCGGCGAGAUCUAUAAGGCAGGCAAGAAGGUCUGGAUGGGAGAAUACUUUGAGGAAGAUUCAGAUGGAGGAAACUUGGCAAUGGAAGGCCGUGUGAUGGAGAUGCUGAGUGAGCAUACCUGCGAAGGCUGGAUGGAAGGCUACGUUCUCUCAGGACGACAUGGUCUUCUCAACAGCUACGAACCCUUCAUUCACAUCAUCGACUCUAUGGUCAACCAACACUGCAAAUGGAUUGAGAAGUGCAAUGAAGUCGAAUGGCGUGUCAAGGUCGCCUCCCUCAACAUCCUUCUCACAGCUACCGUCUGGAGACAAGACCACAACGGCUUCACCCAUCAAGAUCCUGGUUUCCUCGAUGUUGUCGCAAACAAGAGCCCAGAAGUCGUGCGAAUCUACCUCCCACCUGACGGAAACACUCUCCUCUCGGUCACAGAUCAUUGUCUCCGCAGCACCAACUACGUCAAUGUCAUCGUUGCCGACAAGCAAGACCAUAUCCAAUACCUCAAUAUGGAAGAAGCAAUCGAGCACUGCACCAAGGGAGUCGGAAUAUGGGACUGGGCCAGCAACGACCAAGGUGAAGAUCCUGACGUCGUCAUGGCAUCCUGCGGCGAUGUCCCAACCCACGAAGCCCUCGCCGCUACCGGACUCCUCCGCGAACUUCUCCCCCAACUGAAGAUCAGAUUCGUAAAUGUCAUCGAUCUCUUCAAGCUCAUCUCAUCUGUGGACCAUCCCCACGGCAUGUCAGACAAAGAGUGGUGCUCAGUCUUCACGCAAGACCGCCCCAUCAUCUUCAACUUCCACUCGUACCCAUGGCUCAUCCACCGCUUGACCUACAAGCGACCCGGCCAACUUAACCUCCACGUCAGAGGCUACAAGGAGAAAGGCAACAUCGACACCCCUCUCGAGUUGGCCAUCCGAAACCAGACUGAUCGGUUCUCGCUGGCGAUGGAUGCCAUUGAUCGGAUCCCGACGCUACAUAACAAGGCUAGUGGUGUGAGAGAGAAGUUGCUGAAUAUGCAGAUUGCGGCUAAGACGCAAGCGUAUGAGAAUGGUAUUGAUCCGGCAUAUAUCACCGCCUGGAGAUGGCCGCAUCCCCCAAAGGAGUAA